AAGUAAUGUCAGAUUCAAGUAGGUAAGGAGUUAGCCUCCUUACACAUACACUUAGCUACAACCUCAAAAGGAUGUGGUCAAGUGCGAUAACGAAGCAAGCGAGGUGGAAGGAGUUUGCACUGCUGCCGAACGCCGCGGUUUCGUGCUACUACUAAACGAGUUGCCUUUUUUUAUUUUUAUUUAACAUUUGUUUUUUGGGAAUGUAAUGGAUUUGUGACAAGGAUUUAAUGACAGACGGUGGCAGUGAAAGAGCGCUGCGAGACGAGUAAAUUCUGGUUACACAGAACAGGUGAAAUGCAGUCUACAACCACCUGUGACCAUGCGAGAAAAAAGAGAAAACAAGAUUCAACCCCUGAACCGGUGAUUCGAAUCCCAGAAGACGAGGAGGAGGAGGUGGAGCAAGAGGAGUUUGAAAUGUUGCCUGAGCACAUAAAUGACUCAGAGGAGCCGAGCAACAAACGGGUCAAACCGGUGGUCAAGUCAAACAGCUCAACGGGGGUCAUCUCCCCAGCCAAGACCCCUGCUCUCAAACGAAUUGGACAGUCCAUUUCGCGCUCCAUAAGUUUUCGUACAGAAGCGCGGCCUUUGCCUACGCUGCCCCUGCGCUCUCGCACCAAGGGCUCAUCUUUUCCACGGAGGCGCAACAGUCAGUGUUGGAGCGACACGGUGGAAAGUCACAACCUCACUGGCAAGGAGAUCAAACGACAAGAGGUGAUCUAUGAACUGACUGAGGGGGAGCGACAACUCAUUGAGGACCUCAGUCUAGUGAAGAAGGUGUACUACGAGCCCAUGCUGAAAUUGGACAUCAUGACCGAGAGUGAACUCAGGCAGAUUUUUGGCACUCUGGACUCUCUCAUUCCUCUCCAUGAAGAUCUUCUGAGCCGUCUGGAGCGUUUGAGAGGGUCGAAGAAAACCGUGGGCGAAGUGGCUCCCACUCUAAUGAAUUGGUUUCCUUGCCUGGAGGCCUAUGUGACAUACUGCUGCAACCAGGUGGAAGCCAAAGCCCUGCUGGACCAAAAGAAGCACGAGAAGCGGGUGGAACACUUCUUGCGUCUGUGCCAGGAGUCGUCGUUUAGCAGGAAACUGGACCUUUGGAACUUCCUGGAUCUCCCUCGAAGCCGUCUGGUGAAAUACCCUCUUUUGCUGAAAGAGAUUCAGAAGUGCACGCCUGCUGAGCACCCCGAUGAGUUCACAUUGCCUGAUGCAUUGGAAAUGAUCCAGAGCAUUGUGGCGGAGGUGAACAAAAAGACGGGGGAGGCCGAGUGCAAAUUCUAUCGGCGGGGACUCACCUACCUUGAAGACUGCCAGCGGCUUCUAGAGGUCCAACAGUCACGUUUCCUCUAUUGCCAUGGCGAGCUCAAGAACAAUAAGGGCCAGCGGCUGCAUGUAUUCCUGUUUGAGUUGGCCCUGGUGCUAACCAGACCGGGAGAGGACCGGGAAGGAGGUCAUGUCUUCCAAGUCUACAGACAACCUCUUCCCAAUGCCUCCUUAAACCUGGAGGUAAUCCCAGAUGGGGAAACGUGUGGAGGAGGUUCCUUCAGAGGAGCCUUCACGGGGGGCAACGACAAAGUGAAAAACUGUUUUCGUGUGAGCAGCAGGGGGAGCUCUAAGGCCCACUCCUACAGCCUACAGGCCAACGACUCCUUCAGUAAGCAACAGUGGGUCACGUGCCUCCGCCAGGCUAUGGUCCAGUCUCGAGACAGGAAGGCCCAGUCGGUGGUGCUCCCGCCCCACUCUGACCCCACUCUGUGUCACAUCGCUGAUCUCAGCCUGAGUUGUGACACCGACAUGGCCGACGUCACCAGACGUUGAAUGACACCGGUAGCCGUUGCACGGUCUCUUGGGUACUCAGUUGGGAUUAUUGUUCUCUUUUGGGAAAACUCCACUAAAAGGAUUUAUUUUGUACAGUUUUGGAAGCUAUGUUACUGAAUGAACAUUUAUCAUGUGUGAAUCUUUGAUAAUAAACAGGCACUUAAAAGUU